AUGUCUUCACAUUUAUGUAAAAGGUGUAAAAAAUACUGUUACAAUGCUCACAUUAAAUUUUGUACAAAAUGUGAUGUUUCUAAUUGGACUAGUGGCAUACCACUAUUAGACAACUUAUUACGAAAAGAACAGUUAUCAACAGAAAGUCCAAUUAAUUUAACCUUAUGGACUCCAUAUGAAAAUUUUGUAUCGAUAGAGCGUAUAAAGUCUAGUCACUUUUCUUAUGUAUCCAAAGCGAGAUGGAGAGAAGGGCCUAUAAAAAUGUGGGAUCGAGAAAAGCGCAGAUUUGAACGAAAGCCGAAUCAGAUGGUUGUAUUGAAACAGAUAAAAAACAGGAACAAUGAUGAUUUGACAAUAGAAGAAAUUAAGGCGCAUUUGCUAUGCAAAAAUUCUAUGGUUAUCUUCCUUUACGCCAUUUCGCAAGAACCCCAAAGUAAAGAGAUCGUUCUUGUUUUACAAUAUGCAGAAUUGGGAGAUUUGAAGACAUUCCUUAAACCAUCGAAGAAAGAUCCAAGAAAUCUUACCCAUGAAGAAAAAAAGUUCAAGAUAGAGAGAUUAUUGGAUGUAGCUUCGGCACUUUUCGAUAUUCAUGAGAAUAACUUAAUUCACGGAGAUCUUCAUAGCGGAAAUAUUGUAUUCACAAAAAAAAAUGCCCAUAUUUGUGAUUUAGGUCAAAUUAGAUCUUCUAAUGAUGCAGAAAUUAAAGACAUCUAUGGUGUUUUACGUUAUGUAGCACCCGAAGUACUUCAAAGCAGAAUAUAUUCACAAAAGGCUGACGUUUAUGCAUUUGGAAUGAUAAUGUGGGAAAUGUUUACGUGUGAAACUCCAUUCAAAGGGAUUCGUUCUGAACGUGUACCGUUUGAUAUAUGUGACAAUAAACGACCAGUAGUUCCACUUGGGAUUCCAAAAAAAAUUGAAGGUUUAAUUAAGAGAUGUUGGGAUCCAGAUCCAGAGAAACGACCUAAUUCAUUUGAACUUAGGGAGAUUCUUUCUGAAUUAGCGGAUGAUUCUACUGAAGAAGAUGAAGAAACAAAAAACUGGCUUCAAAAAUUUGAUGACGAAGAAGUGAUUCCAGAAAGUUCACAAGAGACAAAAAGUCACUCAUUCAAUUCCGAAGAAGUCACUUCAGAUAGUCAACGAUCUUCUUAUGGCAUUAGCGAUAUGGAAAGGGACGAUGCAAUUGACAUUUCUCGAAUUAGUAUGUGCACGGAAUCGUAA